CGUCCGACCGGCGGGGGAGGCAAAGCAAAGCAAAGCAGAGGAACGGAAAGGACAGGAGGGGGAAUUUAGGUUGUGUCCCGUAUUUGUGGAAUAAGCAAAGACAAGACCACAGUUUCCCCCCCCCACACCUUUGACGUGAAACGAGCUCCGCUGUAACCUUCAAAAAAACCGGACCUGCAUUUUGAAGACCAACUUAUUUGGACCUGUUAAAACUAAACAGAGGUUUUGUUUUCUGGACGGAGAAUGGGAUUUAAAGAGCAUAUCUGCCUGCACUGAGUUGACAAAACAAGGGAAUAUUUUCCAAUUGGAUGAAAAAUAUCAACACUUUCCAAAAAAAGGGGGGGGGUCAAAAGUAGUAGACGCCCUUGUAACACGGUGUAUAUUAUAUGUCAAACAGGGGGGGCAACGAUGGCAUUGAGAAGCGACGGAAAGUAAGGUUUAGGUUAGCUCCCUGGUUAGCUCAGAGGCUAACUUAGCAGGCUGCUAACUAAGCCUGUGUCGCCCUCUUCCAUUCCUGGAGCAGAGGAGGGGCUGCUUGGUGGGCUUUGUAGCAUUGCAGAUCUGCCUUGCAUUUUUUUUUUUUUUUUUGUGGGUUGCUGCAAGAAUGGAGACUUCCAAAAAUCUGCCACAACAACUCAGGAGGAUUUCUUAAAGGUACUAUCGACACAAUUUGAUUUUUUUCGGAGAAGACCAGAAACUACCAGCUAACAUCAAUAUCAUCAUCCGGCCCGGGGCAAGCCAGGGUCUGCAGUUGUGACUACUUCUUCUUCGUUGUAUGCCCAGUGGGGAUAGGGUGUUAUAAAAAAAAAAAAAUGGGCAAGUGCUGUCCACCUCCUGGAUACUGGAUCUCCUAAUAGAAGAUCAUGAACAGGUCGAUUUUAACGCGGCAUUAGCUCCGGCUUACCCCCAAAGUCGAAGUUUUAUUAUUGUCGAGAUCUAUUCAAGGUGAGAGAACUUCUUCUUUUACAGGCCCCCUCUGCGCUGACUAAACAGGCCGUGGAGGUGUUUUUGAUUAUUCCCCCCCCCACCCCACCUCCACCUCCUCCUCCAUCAUCAUCAUUCCUUCAAAACAUCCUAUAAGUCGGAGUAAUCAUGUCGGGAGAGGUGCGUUUGAAGAAGCUGGAGAAGCUGAUCCUGGACGGGCCAGCUCAGACUAAUGGCCAGUGUCUGAGUGUGGAAACGCUGCUGGAUAUCCUGGUGUGUCUGUACGAUGAGUGCAACAACUCCCCGCUCAGAAGAGAGAAAAAUAUCCUGGAGUUUUUGGACUGGGCUAAACCCUUCACUUCCAAAGUGAAGCAGAUGCGCCUGCACAAGGAAGACUUUGAGAUCCUUAAGGUGAUUGGACGAGGAGCCUUCGGAGAGGUUGCAGUCGUAAAAGUUAAAAACACUGACAAGGUAUUCGCUAUGAAGAUUCUAAACAAGUGGGAGAUGCUGAAGCGAGCGGAGACGGCGUGUUUUCGUGAGGAGCGCGAUGUGUUGGUAAACGGGGACUGCCAGUGGAUCACCACCUUGCACUACGCCUUCCAAGACGACAAUAAUCUGUACCUGGUCAUGGACUACUAUGUGGGUGGAGAUCUGCUCACUCUGCUAAGUAAGUUUGAAGACCGUCUGCCUGAAGAGAUGGCUAAGUUCUACCUGGCUGAGAUGGUGCUGGCCAUCGACUCCGUUCACCAACUACACUACGUCCACAGGGACAUAAAACCCGACAACAUUCUGUUGGAUAUGAACGGCCACAUCCGCCUGGCUGAUUUUGGCUCCUGUCUCAAACUUAUGGAGGACGGGACGGUCCAGUCCUCGGUGGCGGUGGGGACUCCAGACUACAUCUCCCCAGAAAUCCUCCAGGCUAUGGAGGAUGGCAAAGGCAAGUACGGACCUGAGUGUGACUGGUGGUCCCUGGGCGUCUGCAUGUAUGAAAUGCUCUACGGCGAGACUCCUUUCUAUGCAGAGUCCCUGGUGGAGACCUAUGGGAAGAUCAUGAACCACAAGGAGCGAUUUCAGUUCCCACAGCAGAUAACAGAUGUUUCGGAGGAUGCAAAGGAUCUGAUUCGCCGGCUCAUUUGCAGUCGUGAGCACAGAUUGGGCCAGAACGGCAUUGAAGACUUCAAGCACCACCCAUUUUUCACUGGCAUUGAUUGGGAAAACGUUCUUACCUGUGAAGCGCCCUACAUCCCAGAAGUCAGCAGUCCUACAGAUACCUCUAACUUUGACGUGGAUGAUGACUGCCUAAAGAACUCUGAGACUAUGCCCCCUCCCUCUCACACUGCUUUCUCUGGUCACCACUUACCCUUUGUGGGUUUCACCUACACAAGUAAAUGCACCCUAUCUGACAGGGGUUGCCUGCGACAGCUGGUGGUGAGGCCGGGUAAGUCUGGUCAGGACCAGCUGGACCUGGAUGUGCAGCGCAGCCUGGAGGACAGCCUGGCCACCGAGGCCUACGAGAGGAGGAUCCGGCGACUUGAGCAAGAGAAACUAGAGCUGAGCCGCAAGCUGCAAGAGUCCACUCAGACUGUGCAGGCCUUACAGCACCCAUCAGGCGAGGGCCCUCCCAGUGUUAACAAAGAGGGGGAGAUCAGGAGUCUGAAGAGCGAGAUCGACAUCCUCAAGAAACAGAUAGCUGACUCGGGCCAACUGGAGAAACAGCUGGAGGACGUGUCUUCGGCCCGCAGGGACCUGGAGGACUCCUCUAAACACGUCAAAACUCUGGAGAAGCAGAUGAAGAGCCUUACACAGGAGAGGGAUGACCUGCACAAGGAUGUCGUGGAGGCCAGUGAGAAGCUGAAGUCUCAAUCGAAGGAGCUAAAGGAAGCUCACAGCCAGAGAAAACUGGCCAUGCAGGAGUUCUCUGAACUCAACGAGAGACUCACAGACCUCAGGUCAGCGAAGCAGCGCCUGGCUCGCCAGUUGCGCGAUAAGGAGGAGGAGAUGGAGAGCUUAAGUCAGAAGGUGGAGGCUCUCCGCCUUGAGGUGCGAAAGGCUGAGAGGGCCAAGAAGGAGAUGGAGGCGCAGGCGGAGGAGCAGUCAGCAGAAGCUCAGAAAGAGAGGAAACUGAGAGAGCGUAAUGAACAGUAUAGCCGACAGCUGGAGGAGGAGUUGGAAGGGCUUAAGUUGAAGCAGGCUGGCUCCUCUACCAUCCCGGCCUCAGCCGACCAGACCCAGGAGAUGGGACGCCUGCGGGGAGACCUGGAGAAGAAAACUCUUCUGUACGAGGAGGAGUUAGCACGCAGAGAGGCGCAGCAUAGCACAGAGCUGAAGGCCCUGCGCAAAGAGCUGCGUGACGCUGAGAGCCAACACCUGACCCUGCAGAAAGAGAUCCUGAUGCUCAAAGACAAGCUGGACAAGACUCGCCGUGAGAGCCAAAGCGAAAGGGAAGAGUUUGAGAGCGAGUACAAGGAGAAGUAUGAGAGGGAGAGAGUCCUGCUCAUUGAAGAAAAUAAGAAGAUGUCCAGUGAGCUGGAUAAGCUGACCAGCAUGUUCGAGAAGGUGAGCGGCUCCAACAGGCAGCUGGAGGACGAGAUGAGGGAGCUGGCUGACAAAAAGGAGAGUGUAGCUCACUGGGAGGCCCAAAUCACAGAAAUCAUUCAAUGGGUGAGUGAUGAAAAGGAUGCUCGAGGCUACCUUCAGGCUCUGGCCACUAAGAUGACGGAGGAGCUGGAGGGGCUGAGAAACACCAGCCUGGGAGCGAGAGCCACGGACAUGCCGUGGAAGAUGCGGCGCUUUGCCAAGCUGGACAUGUCGGCUCGUCUGGAGCUGCAGUCGGCUUUGGAUGCCGAGAUCAGAGCCAAGCAGAGCAUCCAGGAUGAACUGAACAAGGUCAAGGCAAACAGCAUCUCCACAGAAUGUAAACUGCAGGAUGUGGAAAGCAAGAACCAGGAGCUCCUGGCUGAAAUCGACAGGCUGAAGAAAGAGACGGAGGAGCUGCGGCUACGAAGGGGCGUCAAGCACCAGGAUUCCCAGAAUUCUUUCCUGGCUUUCCUAAAUGCCCCGACCUCGGCCCUCGACCAGUUUGAUCGCUCGCCAUCCGUUGGCCCAGCUAGCAAAGGCAGACGUGUGGACUCUAUUGACUUCACCCCCUCCAACACUCCAUCCCGGGAAGAUGACCCUAAGUCCCACCUCAAGUCCCGCUCGCGUUCACCCUCCAUGGCUAGUGAUAUGGAGCCUAUAGAGUUGAUCGACCAUCCUCCUCGUACAGUCCAGACCCCGACCAUGCGCUCAGGAGGGUACGGGAGUAUUGGACGCUCCUCACCUAAGCCCAAAGCUCAUCAGUUUGUGGUGAAGUCAUUCAACACGCCCACUAAGUGUAACCAGUGCACUUCCCUCAUGGUGGGACUCAUACGUCAAGGCUGUACAUGUGAAGUGUGUAACUUCUCUUGCCAUGUAACAUGUGCGGACAAGGCCCCUGCUGUGUGCCCUGUGCCCCAGGACCAGACCAAGGGUCCGCUGGGUAUCGACCCUCAGAGGGGGAUUGGCACUGCGUAUGAAGGGCACGUCAGGGUGCCUAAACCAACAGGCGUGAAGAAGGGCUGGCAGAGGGCGAUGGCCGUAGUGUGUGACUUUAAACUGUUUCUCUACGAACUGGGAGAGGGGAAAGCCACGCAGCCGAGUGUAGUAGUCAGCCAAGUCAUCGAUAUGAGGGAUGAAGAGUUUUCUGUCAGUUCUGUCCUGGCCUCUGAUGUCAUCCAUGCCAGCCGCAAAGACAUCCCCUGUAUAUUCAGAGUGACAGCGUCCCAGCUCUCCCCCUCCAGCAGCCACAAGCCCUCCAUCCUGAUCCUGGCUGACAGCGAUCAGGAGAGGAACAAAUGGGUGGGCCUCCUCAACGAGCUCCAUCGCAUCCUCAAGAAGAACAAGCUCAAGGAGCGCUUUGUCUACGUCCCCAAGGAGGCCUACGACAGCACUCUGCCGCUCAUCAAGACAACACAGUCUGCUGCUAUCAUAGAUCACGAGCGUGUCGCCCUGGGCAACGAGGAAGGUCUCUUUGUCAUCCAUGUCACCAAAGACGAAAUAAUCCGGGUGGGGGACAACAAGAAGGUGCACCACAUUGACCUUAUUCUCCAGGAGCAGCUGCUGGCAGUCAUCUCCGGCAGGAACCGCCACGUCCGUCUCUUCCCUACACAGGCCCUGGACGGCCGUGAGACAGAGUCCUACAAGCUGGCUGAGACUAAGGGCUGCCAAUCCAUCGUCUCCGGUCCCGUCCGCAACGGCUCGCUCACCUGCCUCUGCGUGGCCAUGAAGAGGCAAAUCAUAUGCUACGAGGUGAAUAAGAGUAAAGCACGUCACCGCCGGCUGAGGGAGCUGCAGGCUCCGGGGCCCGUUCAGUGGAUGGGUCUGCUCAGUGAGCGGCUUUAUGUGGGGUAUCAGUCUGGCUUCACACGCUACAGUGUCCACGGGGACAUGUCUCCUGUCAACCUGCUCCACAAUGAGGACCACACCCUUGCCUUCAUCCCCCAGCAGAGCCUGGAUGCCCUCUGUGCUGUGGAGAUUUCCAGCAAGGAGCUGCUGCUGUGUUUUAGUUCCAUCGGAGUGUAUGUGGACUCACAAGGCCGCAGGUCUCGUCAGCAGGAGCUGAUGUGGCCGGCGACGCCGCUCGCUGCCUGCUACAAUGCCCCCUACCUGUCAGUGUACAGUGAGAAUGCUGUGGAUGUGUUUGAUGUCAACACUAUGGAGUGGAUUCAGACCAUCCCACUCAAGAAGGUGCGACCUCUGAAUGUUGAUGGCUCUCUGAACCUGCUGGGGCUGGAAACAGUCCGGCUUAUCUACUUUAGAAACAAGAUGGCAGAGGGUGAUGAGCUGGUCGUCCCGGAGACGUCAGACAACAGCAGGAAGCAGAUGGUGCGCAGCAUGAACAACAAGAGACGUUUCUCCUUCAGGGUGCCUGAGGAGGAGCGGCUUCAGCAGAGGAGAGAGAUGCUACGAGACCCAGAGAUGAGGAAUAAACUGAUCUCCAACCCCACAAAUUUCAACCAUGUGGCUCACAUGGGACCAGGAGACGGGAUCCAGAUCCUUAAAGACCUUCCCAUGAACGUCCGUGUUCAGGAGAGCCGCGCGGGCUUCAGCGGAUCCGUCAGCAUCCCCUCCAUCACCAAGAACCGUGCCGAGCCGGGCCGCUCCAUGAGCGCGAGCAGCGGACUGGGCAUACGCUCGUCCUCACAGAACGGCAGCGCUCUACGCAGGGAGCUGUCAGGGGGGAGCUACGGAUCCAAACGGCAGACCAUGACCUCUCCCUCUGAGAGCUCCCUCUCCUCAGGCGGAGGCAUGGACUGUGGCGAUGCUCCACUCUCACAGUUUGACAGAGAGUGGCAGGCAGUCUCACCGUCGGAGAAGACCCCCGAUCUGAAAAGGGCUUUAAGGACCCUGCUUAGUAAGAUGAAGGACUCGGACUCCCCUCGUCACUCAACAGCCUCCAACAGCUCCACCUUCAGCAGUCCUCCCAGCCCGGCCUCCCCUCACAAGACAAAGUCCCUGUCCCUGGAGAGCACAGACCGGAUGGGCUGGGACACAUGAGCCUCUGCCAGCCUCUUGCCCAUACCAACCCCACCCACCCAACCACUGAUCGACAGCACAGGACUCCAAACCCCCUCUCCCUCCCCCACCACCGCCUCCUCCAUGCUCUCUGAACCCCCUUACCCCUGCCCCCCCCCCCCCAUCACUGCCCAGAGAACUGCACCUCCUGAGGAACAUUUGUCCCACUUUACAGCCUCGAUUUGUCUCAUCGUACUUCCAAGACGGGGCAGAAACUCUAAAAACAGUCUGUCGUCUAGGGGAAUCCUGAGGGAAAUGUUAUCAAGAAUAAGUGAAAGUGUACAUGUGGGGGCUGAUGUUUGAGGGUGCAAGUGUGUGUGUGUGUGUGUGUGUUUGAGUGAGGCUGUAUGUGCCUGCCAGCGUGUGUUUAUGCAUAUGUUUUCAGUAAGGGCAUCUGAUAUAGGAAUUUAAAAAAGCUCCCAUUUUUGCUGUCGGCAGAAGCAUCAAGCUUCCCCGACACACUUCUGUCCAAGACCCCGUGGAAAGAUCAAUUCAGAGACUCGAACACCUCACAAUGCAACGAAAGAAAAGAGGGUUAUUGUUGAGAGAAAAAGAUUUGUACUUGUACAUAGGACCCUUUGGGUUUUAGGGGACAAUAUUUUAAUUUAUUUAUCAUUCUAAGACAAGGAAAGGGAGGUCCGCUUCAUAGCCUGAAUCAAGCGGGUGGAGUUUAAACCCCCCUCCUCACUUCCCUCAGUCGUUUCUCUUUGGGUGCUUCAAAAUUUGAAAAUAGAAAAAAAAAAAAAACGUGAGAGAAAGAAAAGUUAUGAUUUUAUUUUCUGUUUUUUUUGUUUUUUUUUUGCUCAUGAUACUAAGUGCAGUGACUUUAUAAUCUGUUUUAAUUUGACCAUCAGCUACAGCCAGCAAUCUAAAUGACAUCACCACAGCUCCUCUGUGCUACUCUCUUCCUCAUUGGUCCACUGCGAGUGACGUCAGAGUGUACCACGUUCCACUUCGCUCUACAACCAAACUGACAGACUCACAGGUCGCCAUCACAAUAAUGUACAUAGGUUCAAAGUAGAGAGUAAUAUAUGAUACGUAAAAGACUUUAGAGAACUACACGGGAAAGAAAAAAUCCUCUUUGAAUUGAGUUUUCCUUUGUUUUGAGUGAUUUGGGGUUGUAUUCACACAAAAAGCCAUUUUAAACCACUUUCCAUUUUUUUUUGUUUUUUUUACCGAUUGGUUUUAGAUUUGUUUGUUUUAUAUUUUAUGUGUGACACUCAUUGUGUGGUUUUGCUUUUAUUUUCCUCCCACUCUGUUUGCGCGAGUGAACAGAACUCGUGUAUGGAUCGACACUUCUGCCCGUUCUGUAGAGGAAACACGUCACACACAUUAUCUACUUAACACACAUAUUGAGAUAGUGUUGUACUGCAGCAGAUGCCUUCUUGUCCUGCUCCUCGUCUGACUGUCGGAGGGGACGCAGCACUGAUCAUUUAAUCCACAUUUAACCUGUGUGAUAACUGGCUGUGGUACCCGGAUGAAAAGAGGAGUCCUUCCACUGAGCUGGAUUUAACCAAAAAGUAAGAAUAAAGAGGGACACUUAGGGACUUCAUUUAAUUCUUUUUGACAGCCGUUAGAAAUUCUGAAAGCAUUUUGGUUUAUUUCAGUGAUAUUUGUAAAAGCUCUUGUUUAAACAAAACAACACUAUAUUGAGAAUGUAAACACUUAAAAGCUGUCAGAAAGUCAGCACUUGGUUUUCCGUUUGUUUUAAUGAAUAGCAUGUAAAAAAAAAAAUAAUAAUAAUCAGUGUGACCCCUUGUUGUCUUUAUAAUGAAAAGGGCCGGGUGUCUAACCCCCCCCCCUUUAGGAGGUUUUUGAUUUGGCAGUGUGAAAACUUUCCAGUUUGGCAGCUUCUGGCUGCAGAGCAGAACAUUUACAGCCAAAAAGAAAAACAGAUACCUCUGUUCGUUUUGAGCUCAGUUUACAAACAGAUCAAUAAGCAUUUAUCUCCGGGAGUCCUUGGCAGGGCGGACCGGGGUCAAACUGUAAGGGAACAAUUUGCACAGAGCUGAAGACUGUUCUGACACUGUGGUAUUAUUCUCUGUAACAAGUGAACACAUCCUGUACUCUUUCUACCGGUCUUUAGGGAAGAGUCUCCCGCUGAUUUCGUCUAUUUGUCUGAAAGGGAAACAAAAGAACAAGAACAUUGGUUAUCGUUCCUGCCCGUCCCCCCUUUUGAAAUACCGCCAAGUAACCUUUAACGGCCCAUUCCAAGUAUUUUUUUUUUAGUAUUCCAUUUUAUAUGAAGAGAGAGGGAGAGGGUUGGAGCACCACAGUGCUACCACAUGGUUUAACUCCAAACAACCACCUCUUUCAAUCUUUUUAAGCUUGCGAGAUCCUGCUGGAGUUUAUCUGUAGAAUGUAUAAGGUGAGGGAGGGGAGGGGAGGGGUCUGUCUUAGCCAGGUGUUUUAUUAUAGGCCAAUAUUGUACAGAAGAGCUGAUCCCAGAUAUUCCAGUUUUAAGGAGAGGGAAGAGAAACUCAGGAAACGUCAGAACCAAUGAAUCAUUUCCUUUAGUUGGUGAUAGUGUGUUAGAGGCGUAUUUGUUUGAUGGAUGGAGUGAGUGAGGGACAGAUGAGUCGGGCUGUAGUGAGUGUACAGUAGAUGUAAGCCGGGUGGAGACAGCAGCAGCAGAAGAAGAAAUGGUUGUGAGGAUAAAAGAUGUUUUCGGGGUGAAGGCUGAGCUGUGCUUUGACGGCUGAGGUGCCACAGCGGUAACAUUUAAGAGGAAGAGAAUCUCAAAAACAUUCAAACGCCUUUGCAUUUCAGUGAGGUCUUAUCUACAGUACCUUCUAUAUUAAUUUGCUCUUUCAUAUCAUAUUACACUUCUUUGUUUUUUUUUUCUAGGAUUGCUUUGUAAUAAUUUGUACAGUUUUGCAUGUUAUAGAUGUAAUCAUUUUUGUUUUUUUUCGGUUUGUUGUUUUACUUGCUCCUUUUCGAACGGUUUGGGCGUUUUACUGAGGAUAACCCACUACAGGUGAUGUAGAUUCUUUUUUGCACAAAAAAAUAUUUAAGGUGUAAGGUCAAAACAUGAAAUAAUGUAUGGAACUGGCUGCCACACUUAUGUGGAGAACUCAUUAUAUUAACCUGACUCCGAUGUAUUUCAAUAAAGCGGAGGGCUGUUACAAAUACAAA